AUGUCUGCGAAAGUCGAAACCAACAAACCAGCUAUCGAAAGCACAACACCUCGCCAAAGCAUCACAAACGCAGAGGAAGAUCGAAAAAAUACAGAAGAACUCUCCCGGGAGAUAUUAUAUCAUGUUAUCCACCAACUCGAAAACCAAGCUUCGAGACCAGACUCAAUCCGCUCACCAACCAAAGCCAACAGCGAUGACCUCGAAGUCUUUCGUUUCUUCGUCGUAACCAUGAUCGCCAUCUCCGUCUUUGGCGCCUCAACAUUCGCCGUCAUAGUCGGAGAAAUGACCGACCCCGCCGACAUCUGGGCCACGCCGACUUUUACUCUCAAAACAGUCCGACUGUUCCUCUCAGUAUCGUGGCUUGCAUUUGCAGUGUCUAUUGCUUUGGCUGGCUAUAGCGGGAGUUUUCUUGCGCUGAUGCGACAGAAGGCAAAGGGUGAGAUUGACGAGGAGACGAUAAGGAAGUGGACGCCUGCUGGGCUUGUUGUUUCUGCUGCGUUGCAUCUGCUUAUUGUUACGGGGUUCUUGUUUAUGGCGCUUAGUCUGGUGGCGAAACCGGUUGUCCUGUAG